CUGAGCCCCGCCGGCCGCCGUCGCCGCGCUCUCCCCACGCCCCGCUCACGUCUCGCCCCGCCCCGCUCCAGCGGCGGCGAGCUGAGGACGGCGGUGUUUUGAGGCGGCGGAUAUGGCCGAUUACUGGAAGUCUCAGCCAAAAAAGUUCUGCGAUUAUUGCAAGUGCUGGAUAGCAGACAACAGACCUAGCAUAGACUUUCAUGAGAGAGGAAAGAAUCAUAAGGAAAAUGUGGCCAAAAGAAUUAGCGAGAUUAGGAAGAAAAGCAUGGAAAAAGCAAAAGAAGAAGAAAACAUGUCAAAGGAAUUUGCAGCAAUGGAGGAGGCUGCAAUGAAAGCGUAUCAAGAGGAUUUGAAAAGGCUUGGAAUUAAGCCAGAUGAUGUAGGUCCCAGUUCCACACAGAAUAAAACACAGAGUAACGCGGCAGAAGGCAAAGGGAAGAAAGAAAAGAAAGAGAAAAAGGAAAAGAAGGAGAAGAAAAAAAAGACACGUGAGGGCAACUCAGAGUCACCAAAAACUGAACCAAAGGAAUGGGUGCAAGGACUUUCUCCUGAAGGCUAUACUUACUACUACAAUACAAAAACAGGAGAAUCACAGUGGGAGAAACCAAAAGGAUUCCAAGACAGCUCUAAAAAUUCACACACGGGAGCAGUGUGGGUAGAAGGUGUCAGUGAAGAUGGUCAUACCUAUUAUUACAACACACAGACGGGAGUGUCCACAUGGGAGAAACCUGAUGGUUUUGUUUCAUCUUCAAAUGAGAACAGUCAGCGUGGCAAGCAUUCUGAAGAAGCAGAUUCCAGAGCUUCUGAAUCAGACUCCGAACAGGAAGACAGUGAAAGUGAAGGACAAAGUCCGGGAACAAACUUAAAGAAGAAAGGAGAAAAUGAUGAAGAAUCAGAGAAAGAGAAAUCUCCCAAAGCUAAAAAGUUAAGCUCUUACGGGAAGUGGCGGGAGGUUAAAUGGCAGGAAGUUAAAUGGCAGGAAGAAGCCGUCGAUAAAGAGAAGAUUGCAUUGGCUUCCAAACAAGCCUCCAGUGAUGAGUCUAAGACUGACUCCUAUGGAAAAUGGAAAGCAAUUAAAAAUGAAGAAGAAGAAGAACCUGACGAAAAAGUGGACCUGGAGCUUCCCAAUACAGAGAGUGACAGCGUGCCACCUCCAGUGCUGGAUGUUGCAGAAGAUGCCACAGUGAUAUUUAAGGAGAAGACAGUGACCUCCCUUGGAGACCUGACAGAAGGGGUGCCGACGUUUAAGAAGAGGAAAUUUGAAAAUGGAAAAUCCAGAAACUUAAGGCAAAGACUGGACGAUCAGUAACACCUCAACCUUUCAGAUGCUGCUGAAGCUGGAGAGAAUCAGAAGUUUAAUAUUUUAAACAGGCUUUUAUAAAGAAAAUGUGGGGUAGAAAUUAAGGAUUUAUAGGUAUUGAAACAGACGUGAGUUGUAAUAUUUUUUUAUUUGGAUGUGACUGGAAUGGAAGUUUGUGUGAUAUUGAUUAUGCAAUAUUGUAAAUAGAUGUAUUUUUUUAUUUUAACCACGCCAGCUACUCUCAGUUUGCUCCACGUGUGCUGUUUUAGAUACAUUGUGUUGGGUUUUUUUACUCCUUUUCUAAGUACAGGACAAUGUAGUAGUGCUUAAUCUGGGGAAAAUAAUGCAGACCUUUUAUUUUUACACAGGAACUGGCUCAAUGGCGUGGUCUAGAGAGUAAAAUCAUCCCUCAGCAUUAUUUAUCUGGAACCACCUCCGUUGCAGUAAAUUUUUCUAUGCUUUCAUCCUGGUGUAUUUUGCUUUGUUGUCUCUACUUGAAUUUUCCUUUUACACAUCAAAUUUUCUUUCUUUUUAGCCUCGUUUCCUUUUUGUCAAUUAAAAAAUUGCUGGAUAUUGUCACAAAAACAUAUUCCAAAGAUUUAUCCAUGCUGCAGCGUACAGCAACCUUUUUGAGGCUGAUGGUUUUCCUAAGAGCAAUGAGCUGAGCAGUUACAGACAGUGUUAGCUAAGAUGAGAGGAGCUAAGCAUAUCAAAGCUUCAUUAUUCUGAGUGCUAUAAGAGAGGAAAACAAAAGAUCCACACGUGGGGCUGAUGGCUGAAAUGUCCCAGCUGGCUGCUCAGGUUUGUAGCAGUUGAUUACCUUAAGGAGACUGAGUUUGAUUUCAUAGGUCUUCACUAGCAUCAUCAAGAUUCAUUGGCUGCGUGAGAAGACACCACUACAUCCUGCUUCUCUGGGUACCAAACAGUGACCACAAAGGUUCCAAUCAUGCAACCAUUCAAAUACGGGUCUCCAUUUGUAAAGCUCACAGCUCUUUGCUCAGGGGAACCUCAGUCAGAAAGCAGAGUUAAGGCAGUUGGCACAGUCCAGCUACAGCAAAAUACAGUUGGAAACUGCUGAACUUGAUUUCCUUGAGAAAAUGAUUCCAUCUGUCAGAUCAGCUGAUCUAUCACAUAUUGCAAAGGAAGCUGAGAUCCUUAAUUUUUUUCUUCUCUGUGAUGUUUUGUGUGUGUGUGUAAGAGAAUUAAGUAUUGAAUUUAAUCCUCUGGGUUUCUUUGGCUUCUUUGUCAAGGUUGUAUUUUUUCUGAUGCUUAUUUAGAGAAAUCCAACUAUUUUCUCUCAUGUCCAGCUCUGCAUUUUCGCUCAGAGGUGCAGGAUGACUGCUGGCUGCUCUCACUGUCGUAGAUGCAAGAACAUGUACUUCUUCUCCACACGAAAGGCUGGAACAGAAAUCUCCCUUCUCCUUUUCUCCUGUCUCAGCUGCACACUGCUGGCAGGUCAAGGCCACACGUGAUGCCACCAGUACUUCUGUAGAGUAUUGUGAGUGAUUCCUGAUACAUCCCCCAACCACAUCUGCCUUCCACAUGAUCGCAUCGUGCUGUGUGCUGCAGGUGCCCUGUGACUGACCACUACAAGCAGCUCUUUCUUGCUCCUCUGCUGCUGCCAACUGCUGAGGUAGCAGCUGAUCAGCCUUUGAGAACACUUUUUUUUUCUUAUGAGGUUUUUUUCCUGCUGUACUCAUUCUGUGCUCUUUCCUUUGCCCUGCAGUACUGGUGUUACUGCAAGCCUGACGUAUAUUAAAUGAUUUUCUUAUCAGUGCUCUUCUGUAGGCGUCAGUCCUCUGAAGAAGACUCCUCUCCUUUCUUUAGUGAGGCUCCCAAAAUAUUAUCAUCUGUUCUCAGCAAUGUUUUGUCGUGUUGAAGCAGUCAUGGGCAGUGAUUUGUGGUACCUGUAGUUCAGCUCCUUAAGCAGAUGUUGAAAAACAUCUGAAAAUACAAGCGUUCAAAACUUGGCCUCCUUGAGCGGCUGUUAGCAGUAAUGCAAACCAAAGGUCUUCAUAAAGAGCUGUGUUUCAUCAGUAAGCCAAAGCAAGAGUUUGCAUUAGGAAAAAGGAUUCCAUGUCUUCUUUGGUUGUCGUUCCUCAGGGUCAGACGCGUAUCCCAGCCUUUGCUGAUGUGACUUCUGAUGCUGGCAUCUCACAAAUGCAGCAUUUCCCUCCUUGCUGCCUCUGAAAUUCAGUUUGAAGAGAGGCUGUGGUUGGCCCCCAAAUGUACUGACAACCAGCUGAUACAGAGGUGGUGCUUAGAGUCCCUGCUUAGCUUUGCACUGUGCUGUUGACAACCUCACCACGUCUCUAAACCAAAUGCUUUCACUUGUAUACAAAAACACUGUCUUGAGUAAGAAUCACUGCAGACACUGGUGUUCCAAAUCAUCUGUACUGCAGAGAUAUCUCUCCCUUCCGUGCUAUCUCCCUGCAAAAUCCUCUGCCUUUGGAAUUUGCCAUAGGAAUCCUAUAGUAUUAUCUUAGUUACACUCCUCAUCUGCUAAUCCUCCCCUGGGCUGGACUGCCUUCUGACAAAGGAAUGUUGCUUUUGCUGUUUCAGAAGAAGAGCGUUUUGUUUUCUGACUAAUUCCUUUCCAAUCACUCAGCACUGUAGGUCUGCCUGCCUGCUUUUACUGCACGCCUCUUCAGCUGGGGCUGCACCUUGGCUCUGCAUUGGGGGAAGGUAGGCAGAGAGAAAGAGAUAAAGGGGAUUCACUGCAGUCUGGUGUCUGAACGUGGGCAAGUCACUGCACUGUGCUGUAUUUUCUCUUUCUUGCAUCAUCUCUUGUACUGGAAGUGGAGUGGAAGUGGAGCUUCGCAGCCUGUUUCUGCUGUGUGUGUGUUACAGCAGGGCUUGCCUGGAGCUGACAGUGCUUUUAGAAGGAAGCACAUUGCAUCUGCUAAAAAAAAGUGGUUGUGUUUGGCAUGGAAAUCAGCAUGACAGGAGCUGUGCAGAGACCACCUGCUCUGGAAUUAUCCUCGUGCCUGGAAGCCACAUUUUAACCCUCCACACAGGAAGGCGUAGAUGGAAAUCCAGAUUUCCCCAAUUUGGUAAAUGUUUGUUGUUGUUGUUUGACCCUCGUAGACCAAAUCUUUGCCACGGUAAAUGCUCAGGUUGUGCAUUGUUGAUAAAGUUCAACAGGUUGUUGCAUUGCCAAUGCAAUGCUCAGGUUGUGAACAGGGAGAGCUGGUCACAGUGUGGGUCUGAGUUUAAAUUCACUGCCUGUGCAUUUAUAAAUGGCUCACUCCUUUUUCCCCCUGAAAAUAAUGUUAUUCAGAUGCGUAUUUUGGCAUCUCAGAAAAGGAGUAAAAAACGAUUUUAUGCUGCUUGGCAUCCUUGAUUUGUUGUUUGUUUUUUUCCCAAGUUGUGCCACCCCUUUUCAGUACUUCUCUAAAUUAUUGCUGUCUUCCUCAAACUGUCUUCCUCCACUAUUCUGAUAUAUGCAAAUCUGUGUCAUCGCUGUGCCACAGUGCCAGUGAACGCCUCCUCCUGUCCCCAGCUCUUGGAUUUUCUCAAGAAUUUGUUUUCCUGAGACAGAAUUCAUUCCAUUCCUCAUACAGGGCUUGCAUACCUUCCAUCCUUGAGCUUUUAGGUUCCAAGCUGUCUGUAUCCCUUCCGUUGCUGCUGCAGCCCUUUGCUCAUGGCCUGUCAGGUACCUCUGUGCCAUCUCUGUUGGAACCACCUGUCAGAUUGUCUCACCUUCUACCUGCUGUUUGUCCUAUGAACCACGAGAGUCACUGCUGUGACCAACCAACCAAGCUUUGGGAUUUUGUUUGGGGUUUUCAUCACUUGUUUUACAGAAGGAGAGGUGUGAAACAUGGAGUCGUUCGAAGCCCUCAUUUUCUUUUGUGUUAUCUGUAAAGCUGAGCAGUUGUUCUCUGUAAGAAUUCUCUGUUGGAAUGACAAAAUACUGCAAGCCUUUGAAGUGGAGUUUAUACAGAAAUACCAAAUAAAGCUUUUACUGAAAUGA